UAGGAGACAGACAUGCUGUGGUUCCAGGAAUAUCUACUGACACACACACACACACACACGUCCUCUUCCGGGUGUGUUUGAAAAGACUUUCACUGAGCUGUGGAGGGAUUCACUGGGUGUCGAAAUAGACCCACAGCAACUCAAACUCAAACCGAGCCCAUUUUUAUGAAAAGAGCCGUGCAGCAGGAAAGAGAAGCAGGAAUGUCAGAAGCUAGUUUUGACUCGGAGAAGAAUGCCUCGCAGGAUAAUCAGUCGGACCCUAAUGAGCAGGGCCCUCACAAUACUGCUGACUCUCUGAGUCAAUCAGAGGAAAGCAAAAACAGCCUGGAUGAGACACACAUGACUGAAAUUGACAUCAGUGAGGAGGACAAGGAAGUUGGAAACCACAAAUAUACUCUCGAUGAGGAUGAUGAAGAUGAGCAUUCUCAGGCCCAGAGUAAAACUAGUGGAAUAGUUGAGGAUAAUGCUGAAGCGACGAGCAGUGUGGCAACAGAAGCUGAUGUGAAGGUGACAGUAAUGAGCUGUGCUUUGACAGAGCAGCAGACGGCAGGAGCAGUGGUCCUCGCUGAUGACAUAAAGAGUCCAGCUAUAGAGAAACUGGAGCUGAUGAGGAAGUGGAGCGUCAACACGUAUAAAUGCACUAAGCAGAUUCUGUCAGAGAAGUUAGGACGCGGCUCUCGUACGGUUGAUCUGGAGCUGGAGGCUCAGAUCGAGGUUCUUCGUGACAACAAACGAAAGUACGAGCAUAUUAUCAAGCUGGCGCAGACGCUUUGCUCUCAGCUGGUGCAGAUGCUGCAGACGCAGAGACUGCUGGGCGACGCGUUUGCCGACCUUAGUCUCAAAACACCCGAGCUACAUGAGGAAUUCGGCUACAAUGCUGAAACCCAAAAACUCCUGGCGAAAAAUGGCGAAACUCUAUUUGGAGCUAUCAACUUCUUCAUCUCCAGUGUUAAAACUCUAGUGGAUAAAACUAUAGAGGACACCUUGAUCAACAUUAAGCAAUAUGAAGCAGCAAGGAUUGAGUAUGACGCGUAUCGCACGGAUUUAGAGGAGCUCAAUCUGGGUCCGCGGGAUGCCAACACGCUCCCAAAAAUCGAGCAGUCUCAGCAACAUUUCCAGAUCCACCGCGAAAAAUACGAAAAGAUGCGCAUCGACGUCUCGGUCAAACUCAAGUUUCUGGAGGAAAACAAGGUGAAGGUUUUACACAACCAGCUGAUUCUCUUCCAUAACGCCAUCGCCGCGUACUUCGCAGGCAACCAGCAGCAGCUGGAACAGACCCUGAAACAGUUCCACAUCAAGCUAAAGUUAACGGGAGGAGAAACCCCCUCUUGGCUGGAGGAGCACUGAUAAAAAGCAAAAAUGUCUCGCUAUAUCACUCCUUUCAGGACACUAAACCUGUCAAUAAACGUGUGAGACAGGAACCCGUUUUGAUAAAAGAGAAAUAUUUAGCUCCUCUCUUUGUCCUUGCUGCGUCUGACUUUACACUUGAAGUUUAGUUUCUAAACGAAUGCUCUUUCUUUAGUCUGAGAGUUUGCACGCUCUUGCGCAACAGAAACAAUCUUGUAUUUGAAUCAAGUUACCAGCACUUUAAUGGUAGACGAAAUACAGUCAGGAAGAAAUGAAUGUUGUAGAGACUUUAAAGUAAUCAAACUUGCCUUUUCACCCUUUUUUAGACCUCGCUGGUGUCAGCCUUUCUUUAUGUAACCGCACUGUUAUAUUGGUAUCAAAUACAUUGGCAUAAAUGUCCACACUGCCGCCUUAAAGGGCAUGUUGAUCUGAAAACUUGAAGUUUUGCUAUGCUGCGUUUACUGUCACAAGAAAGAAUAAUCAGAGGUUGUGAACUCAAUCUUUGGCUUUUUGUGAUAAAGUUUGCUAUGCAUUUUUAAAGUGCACCUUUUGUAGAUCCCAUUGAAAGGUGAUGAGGCUUCGUUUCUGACUUGAUGUGCCUUGCUCUUCGUCAGUGUUGUCAGGAGGUAUAAUAACAGAUGCUCUCAUUACCUUUCUACAGACCACAGAAUGGACCGAUAAACACAGCCACACAUGCAUAUAGACCAGCAACUUGAAAUUACAAUCUGUGCUAUCUGUUCUUUUGUUUUAUUUAUUUUUUUUUUAAGCAUUGCACUUCUUCGAUAACCAAGUCACUAUUUUGUAUAAAAUGUAAACCAGACUGAUUUGACAUGAGAGAGCAUGUCAGCUGCCUGGGUUGUUCUUUCUCUGUGCAUCUUCUCUUUUUUAAAUUGUAUUACUAUUUUUAUUUUUUUUGCAUGUCAGAGGAAGAAGAACUCUUCUAAAUCAUUCCCCUCUUAUUAUUGCUGUAAGUGUCUAAUGAGUGCAGCUCUUCAUAAUAUACAGUAGUGUAUCGUUCGGUCAGAUUAGAUGAUGAGUUAAUCACAUGCUAACCUGAAAAAGCUUUAAAUUCAGGCGUUACCAUGGGGAAAAAAAACUUCAAAGGAAAUGAAUGUAGAGCAAAUUAAUAUACAAACAGACAAACAAUGGAUGCCAAAUGGAAUGUUCAGAUUUACUGAAUACAAAGUAAUGCAGUUUAUUCUUAAAACACCCUCGCAGCUGGUUCUGAUCUUUCAUUUGAUGUACAACUAACUACCUUUUGAUUCUCGUGUGAUUUUCAGUUCUGUCUUAGCGGCACGCAGACACCAAUGCACAGUAAAUGUGUGAGAACUGACUGACGUGCAUACACAUGCAUGCAUUUUUCUUCUGCGUGCUUUUUUUGAGGAUUUGUUGAUUAAUGAUGGAUUGGGUGUGUGCAAGAAUGUUGAAUCAUGGGAGACAAUAAAAUAAAAAAA